UCCGGAAGCGAAACCCUGAGUAAUCGGAAGUGAUUAAGAGUGGGAGAGCUGCUUGACGUCGGGAGAACCUGGGCGAGUCGGCUUCGGAAUGGAAGAGAAGUGUGCGAAGUAACCCGGCGACACAGAGCCGAAGAGCCUGUAAACUGAAGCCCCCUGAAAUAGGGAGAAUAAGAAUCCUAGAGGUUUUUCAGUAGAAGUCUUGGAGUGCAUUUUCAUUGGUUAAGGGGAAAAAAUGGCUACUCUUAAAAGUUUAGAAACCAAAGUCACCUUCACUUCAACCCCAAUUAGAGGAGCAGGAGAUGGUAUGGAAACUGAGGAACCACCUAAGUCUGUUGAAGUCACUUCUGAAGCCCAAACCAUAAAGCAUCAUAUCCUUCAGAGUCCACGGAAGAAAGCAGUUCCAUCAGAGAGCCCAGGAGUUCUUCAGCUAGGGAAGAUUCUCACUCAAAAAGCAAUAGAAAUUGAAGCUGUAAGAAUAUUAGUUCCCAAAGCUGCUAUAACUCAUGAUAUCCCAAACAAAAAUGCAAAGGUUAAGUCUCUAGGACAUCCUAAAGGAGAAUUCCUUUGUCAAUCAGAAGGAGUUAUAGAAUCUAGAAAGGAACUCUCAGAGGUAAAGAAUAUAAUAGAAAAACUCAGGAACUCUGAAAGGAAGUUACUACAGGACAAAGAAGGUCUUUCAAACCAGCUCCGAGUACAGACAGAGGUAAAUCGUGAGUUAAAGAAGUUGCUGGUGGCUUCUGUUGGGGGUGAUCUUCAGUAUCACUUUGAACGUCUAGCCCGUGAGAAAAAUCAGCUUAUUUUAGAAAAUGAAGCCCUAGGUCAAAACACAGCUCAGCUUUCUGAACAGUUAGAACGUAUGUCAAUACAGUGUGAUGUAUGGCGAAGUAAAUUCCUUGCAAGCAGGGUAAUGGCAGAUGAGUUAACCAACUCCAGAGCAGUUUUACAGCGUCAAAACCGUGAUGCACACAGUGCUAUACAAGAUCUUCUGAGUGAACGGGAACAGUUUCGUCAUGAAAUGAUAGCUACCCAGAAAUUAUUGGAAGAGCUCUUAGUCUCCUUGCAGUGGGGAAGAGAGCAAACUUACUCCCCUCGUGUACAACCCCACAGCACAGCAGAACUAGCCUUAACAAAUCACAAGCUGGCAAAAGCAGUAAAUUCUCAUCUUCUGGGAAAUGUUGGCAUUAGCAGUCAGAAGAAGUCUUCAUCAACAGUUGAAUUCUGCAGCACCCCAGCUGAGAAAAUGGCUGAAACAGUAAAGUCCUACGCAUUUUGGAUCCAGUUACCCGUACAGAAAGCUCACCUGAUAAUCCAUUUUCUGAGUCUUCACCAACCACCUUACUUGCUACAAAGAAAAAUAUUGGACGAUUUCAUCCCUAUACUACAUAUGAAAAUAUAACUUUCAAUUGCUGCAAUCACUGCAAAGGAGAACUUACUGUUCUUUAACAUUCAGUAUGUUGGAGGCAUGCUGUAGGCACUUGCUUAUUACCUAAGAAUCAUUAUUAUUUAGGAGUUUGGGGUUCUUUUAAUGCUAAAACUAAUAUGGCUUCUUAUUUACAUAUUGUAUAUCCCCAAGGAUAUUUCAUGUACUGGACUCCAUAUUACCCUUUCUUAAUAAAUAUCUCAUGGUAAGAAAAGAAUAAAAUUGUAUAGCUACAUUUAAAAUAGAGAAUACUUUUCAGGCUAUAAUAUACAAUGCUUUUCCUAAAAGACUGUAAAAAGAUUCCAUAAUUUUUUUUAGGCCCUAAAUUAGUAUUUAUCUUACUGGAUAUUUUAUACAAACAGAUUUCAUUUUGGUGCACUAAAGCAAGGAUAGGCAAACUACAAACAUGUAUCAAAUGGGACCAUACCAAUUCAUUUACAGUUAUCUAACCUGUUUCUGCACUAUAACAGCAGAGUUGAAUAGAUGCAGCAGAGCUUGUAAAGACUGAAGUAUUAACUAUUGGCCCUUUACAGAAAGCAUUUUCUGAUUCUUACUCUAAAGUAAUAAUAGCCGAGGGUUCCUUUCCCUUUAUCAUAAUUCUUUGGGCUACAGAAGAGGCUUACAGAAAUAAUAUGGGUGAAAGGACUAAUCUUUUAAAAAUAAAUGCUAUAUGUUAGGAAAACUAAAAAUGUUUUAGAGCCAAAAUAACAAAUACUUCAGCAAACAUUAUGUUUGUUUUAUGCAGAGGAUUUCAUAUUCUAAAUGGACUCAAUCUCUGACAUAUAUAAAAGAAGCAAAAUCUUAAUUAUUGACUCAUUUUGGCAAAUGCAGCACACAACAGGAAUAUACAACUUGAUAUUUAUAAAAUAUUACGGAGAAGGUAGAAUCUUUCUAGAACAUUGUAUAAACUCAAAAAAUGCAAUCUAUCAGUUAAUAUAUAUUAUGUAAUAUAUAUUAUUGUGUAUUUGUGCUGAAACCAUCAUAAAAUACCCCUUUAUUGGCCUUUAAAAUAUUUUAAAAAUAUUUAUGCCAAAUUAUACAAAUUAGUUGCAGAAGUGCCUAUCAGUAGAGAAGUCUUCAAAAGACAAAUCUGGUCAAAUAAUAAGAUUGCGAUGUCAACUUAAUGAUUUUUUUGUCUGACUCAUCAGUAAUGUUUGUAGUUUCAAGUGGCAAUAAAUUUCUCUACCUUCUUUA